AUGGGCCCCUGUACCGCCUCCUCAUGCUGCUGCCAGGCCUGUAAUCUGCCAUGGGCCCCUGUACCGCCUCCUCAUGCUGCUGCCAGGCCUGUAAUCUGCCAUGGGCCCCUGUACCGCCUCCUCAUGCUGCUGCCAGGUCCAGAGUGUGUCAUGGGUCCCUGUACGGCCUCCCAUUGCUGCUGUCUCCAUCGCCACACUCUGCCAUGUGCCACUUUCAGGUCUCCUCACACUGCUGGUGGGUUCCAUUUUGUCAUAGGGUGCUGUACGGCCUCCCAUUGCUGCUGUCUCCAUCGCCACACUCUGCCAUGUGCCACUUUCAGGUCUCCUCACACUGCUGGUGUGUGUUCCAUUUUGUCAUAGGGUGCUGGCAGAUUAUGGGCCUCCCAUUGCUGCUGCCAGGCCCGUAUUCUGCCAUGGGCCCCUGUACCGCCUCCUAAUGC